GACAGUACAGGAUUUUGACGAGACAUAAACAACAUGGCAUCGACCAGGGCAGCUAAGAGGCUUCUUCCGGUUUUGUAGCUGCGGCUGUAGCUAACAGCAACCACCGGCAGGCGCAAGUUUACACGGUCACAAGUUAAAACGCAACAGCGGCUUGGUGGACGGGCAGAAAACCACGCCAAGGGAAUUUGACAGAACAAGAGAAUGGAGGUAUCGAGGAGGAGAACCCUCUUAAAACAUCUGGAGCCAGCCAGACCCCUGCGUCGCUUCAUCCACGAGGACAUUGCCAGAAUAUCUUACACGAGGGAUUUUUUGAUUGGUUUGGCCAGCUGCCCUGAGGCCAAGAAGAAGCCGGAGUACUUACCAGAGCACCCCAUAGUAUUAUUGGAGGCAAGGGAUCCAAGGCAACUAGAGCUCAGAGAAAAUAUAUGGAACGGUCCACAAGGCGACAUGAACAUGGAUCCAGGGGACGACAAGCGGCGCGCGCCGGUGGGCAGCCCCUGGAGGAUGAAAUCAUUCACAGAGUUCAUUGCUGCUGAGCUUGUGAUGGAGGACCCCAAAUCAGAGUAUCCUAACAUCUGUGCCGGAACAGACCGCUAUGCUAUGUACAAAGUGGGGCCUGUGCUCGCUGUCAGUCAUGGUAUGGGAAUUCCAUCAAUUGCCAUUAUGUUGCACGAGCUGAUAAAGCUGCUCCAUCAUGCAAACUGUACCGAUGUUACCAUCAUACGCAUCGGGACCUCCGGAGGAAUAGGACUUGAGCCUGGCACUGUUGUCCUCACCAAGCAGUCGGUGGAUGCCACCUUUAUGCCCAAGUUCGAGCAGGUGAUCCUGGGAAAGACGGUGGUGCGGAACACUGAUCUGGACCAUAGCCUGGCCGAAGAGCUGCUGCAGUGCAGCAAAGAGCUGAAGCAGUUUGAGACAGUCAUAGGCAACACCAUGUGUACGCUGGAUUUCUAUGAAGGUAUUAAAGAGGAUGCAUCUUUAAGUUCAUACAAAGAGAAGAUGAAGGAGUUGUCCGUCCUCUCCCUCAUCUGCUCCUGCUUCUACCCAGAGGCUCGCAACAAGCUUGUAUGCGAGUUUGAAGACAUGGAGGUGAAGCCUAUAGACAAGCGGGCCUCGGGACAGGCCUUUGAGGUGAUUCUCAAGCCUCUGUCUCCAGUGACAGACGUAGCCCACAACCUCCCCUCACCCCCAAAGAGGGAUAUCUCUUUGGAGGAAAUUGAGAAGAAACUGGAGGCUGCAGAAGAGCGAAGGAAAGUGCUGAGAGCUCUGGCAGAAAAGCGAGAGCACGAGAGGGACGUGUUGCUUAAGGCCAUGGAGGAGAACAGCAACUUCAGCAAGAUGGCUGAGGAGAAGCUCCAGCUGAAGAUGGAGCAGAUCAAGGAGAACCGUGAAGCCCUCCUGGCAGCCAUGAUCGAGCGUCUGCAAGAGAAGGAGAGGCACGCCGCCGUGGUGCGCAGAAACAAAGAAAUGAAGGAAGAGCUGGUAGCAUGAGCCUCACACAAGUCCAGAUUUCUGUGGUCCAUCCAUGUCCCUCCAUCCAUCCUCGCCCUGCCCUCAACUUCUCCGAAACAGACACUCUACCCUGAGGGCCGAGAGGCCCAAGGACCUCACCACCACAUCACUGCACACCUUCUCAACAGUACUCACACUUCUCAGUAUUAUCAGUGAUUAAAAACUUCAAUUCCACGUCAUUUUAGAAAUGAACAGAUCUGUUGAUUUAAGAAAGAAUGUAAGAAUAUGGCUUUUGUUUUUUGCAACUCUAUCUAUCUAUCUAUCUAUCUAUCUAUCUAUCUAUCUAUCUAUCUAUCUAUCUAUCUAUCUAUUUAUUUGAAGUACAUGCAACAUCUGUACUGUACUCCACUGUACAUUUCUUGUCAUUACUGUUUAUUGUUUAUGUUCUUGGGAUUUGACUCCACAACCAUUUUCUUGUGAAAGGUCUCAGUGUUGUGAGCUGGCAGGUAGACGGACGGUUUCGUAGUCAUGAUAAUGAUGUUUCCGUGUGUUACGUGAAAGAGUGAUAUCUGGCGUACGUACACUCCAAACUGCAUAAGAUAUGAACGUAUCACAUCUGUAUCUCCCUCUCGCACAUCUUCUCAUCCUCAGCACGCUGCUUGGAACUCGACAAUAGGCCAAAACCCACAGAGUCGUUAAACAUCCACCUCCUCUCAAACGAGCUUGAUAUUGAACUUGAUAGGUGCUUUACUGUUAAUUAAGAAUGUCUUUUGCCCAAAGGGAGCAACUGUUUAUAGACUUGCAUAUUCCCACUGACAGCAACAUUUUCCGAUAAAUCCAUCCAUAGCCAAAUAAACAGCUCUGUUACCAACACCAUGUUUGGAAAUGAAUCUUACACAUUUAUGAAUGUUACGACACGUUACUCGGUAUCAUGCAUAGCGUCUUGAACAGUGGAAUGUGCUCUUGCUCCCAUCUUGAUAUUGAUAGUCAAACAUAAUGUAUGUCUGCGUGGGUGUGUGUGAAUGCAGAUUUACGCGGAGGCAUCAUUAGCAUUUUCUCUCUUUAGGGGAUAAGGUAGAGAAUGGAUGCGGGAUGCUUUACAUUCAGCACACUGAACUAGUUUCUUUUUAACAUUCAGAAUUUCACUGAUAUCUGCCUGCAACCUCUGCUGCUUGUGUUUCUCCCUUCAUAUAUUUCUCUGUGAAAGCUUUGCUGAAUAAACGUUUGGGGGUUCUGUGAACAUGGCAUGCAACAUCUAAUACUUUUCUGUGCUAAGAAACACGGGGAAUUUUAAAACUGCCAAAUAAAAAGAACCAGUUAUCUACACAACCUAAGACUCGCAGCAUUCCCCACUCUCUAUGUUUGUGUUUCCCAGGUUAAUGUUAGGUCAUCUGAUUUACGACUCUGCAGCUCACCUGGUUGCAAGUGGGAUGUUUGACCAGCAGGUGGCGCUGUCAGAUUUGUUUGUCACAAAGAAACCAGACUGAAUCUCUUUCAAAACAUCAGAAGUCAGAACAGG